AUGCAAGCUCUUCAGGACAGCCUAACCUCGUUGCUGGCGUCGCUGCCUCCACGCCCCAUAAACAAGGUCGCCCUCGACGCGCUUGUUGCGCAGACAUUAGAGGAGUCCAGGUCAAAGACUAGCCCGGACACGUGGAAGGCGAAGUGGGAGUAUGUGCUCAGGAAAGAAGUCUACGAGCUCGCCGCCACUGAGGGCACGGCCCUCAAGCACCCGGAGACCAAGUACUAUGACGGGCUCAGCGACAGACUCGACCUCAUUCUCACCUUUACCGAGCAUGACGCAUGCGACCAGAUCUUCCCAUUCAACACCCUCCAGGACCUCCUCGAGACACAAACGAUCGCCUCAUGCUCACACAUAUUCUCUUGGAUCGAGCAGCGCGCGGACCGCCUCACCGCAGGCAUGGUCCCGCAGAAGGGCAAGGCGCUCGUGCUCCUCCGCACGCUCAACGACCUCCUCCGCCGCCUCUCCAAGAUGGGCGCGACGACGCAAUUCUGCGGGCGCAUCCUCACGUUCCUCAGUAGGGUGUUUCCGCUUGGGGAGCGUAGCGGUGUGAACCUCCGGGGCGAGUACGGACCCAUGUGGGAGGGCCCUGGCGCGAAAGGGCAUGAGCGGAAGGAUGAGGAGGCGAACCAGAUGGAGGUCGACGAGACGAAGGAGGAGCAGGCGUCUAAGGAGGCCGAGCGGAAACGGAAGGAGAAGGAUGACUUCUUCUACACUUUCUGGUCCUUGCAGCUUCCAUUCUCUCGGCCACACCUGUUCUCGGAAACGAGGACGUUCUCGGCGUUCAAAAACGCGGUAGAUAAGGUACUGCCGGUGAUCAAGGAGGCCACUGCGAAAGAGCGCGCUCUUAUGGGCAACAAAUCAUUACACGCGACUGCCGGUGCCUCUAGCCAGCUGAAGCGAAAGCGGGCACCCGCACCAGCAGCCGAAAGUCCCGCAACCAGCGAGUACUACUUCGCGAAGUACCUGACCAGCCCGGAGCUGCUGGACUUGGAGAUCUCAGACACGCAUUUCCGAAGGCAGCUACUCUUCCAGCUCCUGAUAGUGCUAAAUCACCUCCUCAACUUCACCAAAGCCGCUAAAGCGACAUGGUAUACCCCGCGGAACCGCUCGCUCCAGCUCGACUUCACGCUCGAGCCCACCGACGCCCAAUGGGUGCAGGACACUAUCGCCCGCGCAGUCGAGGAGCUCCGCCAAACGUCACCGCACGGGCGUGCAUUUGCAGAGGCGGUGCAGGUCAUGCUCGAACGCGAGAAGAACUGGGUGCGAUGGAAGAACGAACUCUGUCCGCCGUUUGACCGUGAAGCGUGGCACGCAGAAAUUGAGAUCGACGGAGAGAAGAGGCGAGUUGGCUUAGAGGAGGCCACGGAGGGUGUGCGGAAGAAGAUGCGCAUGGACCCGGAGGAGUGGCCGCAUCGUUAUGGAAGUGCGCCGCUGACCGAGAUCUGGGAAAUGGGCUACCGGGACCUGCGCGACCUGGAGCACCCCUUCCAGGCUGGUGACGUCAAAGACUUCGUCAAGAAGGUCAAGCAGGAGGACGCCCGCAUCGAGAUGCGCAGAAAGCAGCUUAUGCAGAAGGCAGAGCGUAUGGCCCAGGCGCGAGCGAAGGCAGCCGCGCUCAAGGAUGGCGCGCCCGCACCUGGGCUCCCAGCCGCGGCGAGCACCGUCCCGUCUGCGCCCCCGGCACAGCCGGCACCCACAGUACCAUCGGCCGCGUCUCCAGACCCCGCCGCUGCUCAUGCACGGAAUACGCUCAGUGCCCCUGCACCGCUCCAUCCAUCGCUUCCUGCGAAGCCUGGAACGACACCGGCUUCGGGCGAGAGCGCGGCACCGUCUCCUGCCCGGGUGGCUACACCCAAUCCGCCACCAGCUGCUGCACCCGUGCCUACACCAACACCUGUAGUCGCUCCUGCGCCCACGCCUGCGCCGGCACCGGUCCCGGAACCAGCCGCGAUCGUCCUACCACCAGAUGACCUGAUCCGCAAGUACGAAGAGAACAAGCAGCGCUGGGCAUGGCUCGCGCUCCGGACUGCGCGUGACCAGUACCUGCAGUACUUCGGGCGGAUCGGCGCGGGCGACGUGGUGCUCCUCGCACAGGAGAUCGAGAAGGGCCGAGUGGAGCGCGAGAAGGCCAUCGCUGAGAAGGAGGCGGCUGCAGCACAGGCGUCAGCGAGUCCUGCGCCUCCUCGAGUACUAGUCACCGGCGGCGCGGGAUACAUCGGCUCCCAUGUCAUCUUCGCCCUGCAAGAGACGCGCAGGUACAAGGUGAUCUCCGUCGACAACCACCACAACUCCUCCCCGAAGGCCCUCGAGCGCGUCGCUCAGAUCGCGCGUGACAACCUCCCCGCCAAUGCAUCCGAAAAGGACAAGGACAGCGCGGAGAUCGACGCGCAAACCGCUGACCUGACGAAGCGCGAGGAGAUCAAGAAAGUGUUUGAGAAGUAUGGCAAGGGCGGCAUCUGGGGCGUUAUUCACAUCGCGGCAUACAAGGCGGUUGGCGAAUCGACCGAGAUACCCCUGACAUACUACGAGAACAACGUCUCCGCAACGGUAUACCUCCUCCAGAUCGCGUCCGAGUUCGACUGCACGCGCAUCGUAUACUCAUCCAGCGCGACUGUAUACGGCACGCCCCCGACCAUCCCCAUUCCCGAGACGACUCGCCUGGAGGCCCACAGUCCGUACGGAAAGACGAAGAUCAUGUGCGAGACGAUCAUCUCGGAUCUCUGCAGCGCUGAGCCUAAGCGGUGGCGCGGCCUCUCGCUACGCUACUUUAACCCUGGCGGUGCGCACCCCUCCGGUCUCAUCGGUGAGGCCCCGAUCGGCCGCCCCGGAAACCUCUUCCCCCUCCUUGGCGCCAUCGCCGUCGGUGGCCAACCUAACAACCUCAAAGUAUUCGGCAGCGACUACCCCACUCCGGACGGCACGUGCGUGCGCGACUACCUGCACGUCCUCGACCUCGCGCGCGGCCACUUGCUCGCGUUGGACGCGCUCGCGCCCGAGUCGAAGGUGUUCGACAAUGCGACGAGCGACGCGCGCUACAAGGCGUACAACCUUGGCAAAGGCAAGGGUCUGAGCGUGCUCCAGAUCAUCGAGGCGAUGCGCAAGGCGACCGGUUUCAACUUCAAGUACGAGAUCGUCGGACGCAGGCGCGGGGACGUGCCGGACCUCACCGCGGACCCGACCCUCGCAGAGAAGGAGCUCGGGUUCAAGGCGAAGGAAGACCUCGACGCAAUGUGCCGCGACCUCUGGAACUGGCAGACGAAGAACCCCAAGGGUUAUGACGCGUGAUGCAUAUGCCCCACCGAGUGCAUAGAGAAAGACGAAGAUGAAGAAGUGCUGGCCCGACUCCUAUUCUAAUCGCUCGCGACGGCCCGCCGUCGCUGUCGGACAUGGUAUGUAGGCUCGAGUAGAAGUCGGUGUGCUGAAUGUACAGUAUACUGCUGCGUGUCAGCCCCUAUUGCUGCAGAUUAAUUCACUAUCUGGAUCGCCGA